AAAUGGUCAUUUGAUAAUCAUCUUCAACCUGAGACCUGCGAUUUUUCAGAACCCUAGCUUUGGCAGAAGAUUUUUCAACAUCAAACAUCAUUUCUCCGAUUUGGGUAUAUUCUCGCGGUGGCUCAUGUAUCUGAAAGAAGGAUGUUCGUUGCUAUUGAAAGUUCAAAAACCCUUAAUCCCAUUUGUCCUCAACACCAAUCUCAAUGUGAAUCUCCUCACAGAAUCUCCAAACCACGCAGAGAUCAAAGAAUCAGCAGUGUUAAAGAGACUGAGACAAGAGUCAUGUGUUCCCUUAGCUUUGCAUUUCUUCAAAUCCAUUGCCAAUUCAAAUCUUUUCAAGCACACGCCUUUAACAUUCGAGGUAAUGAUUAGAAAGCUUGCAAUGGAUGGUCAGGUUGAUAGUGUUCAGUAUCUUUUGCAGCAAAUGAAACUUCAAGGUUUUCAUUGUUCUGAAGAUUUGUUUAUCAGUGUUAUUAGUGUAUAUAGACAAGUGGGUUUAGCUGAAAGAGCUGUGGAGAUGUUUUAUAGGAUUAAGGAAUUUGGUUGUGAUCCUUCCGUGAAGAUAUAUAAUCAUGUUUUGGAUACUUUACUUGGUGAGAAUAGGAUUCAGAUGAUUUAUACGGUUUAUAGAGAUAUGAAGAGAGAUGGGUUUGAGCCUAAUGUGUUUACGUAUAAUGUUCUUCUUAAGGCGUUGUGUAAGAAUAAUAAGGUAGAUGGUGCGAAGAAGUUGCUGGUUGAGAUGUCGAAUAAAGGGUGUUGUCCUGAUGCUGUGAGUUAUACCACGGUGAUCUCGUCGAUGUGUGAGGUUGGUAUGGUGAAGGAAGGUAGGGAACUUGCGGAAAGAUUUGAACCUGUUGUGAGUGUUUAUAAUGCUUUGAUUAAUGGGUUAUGCAAAGAGCGUGAUUACAAAGGGGGGUUUGAAUUGAUGAGUGAAAUGGUGGAGAAGGGAAUAUCUCCUAAUGUUAUCUCGUACUCUACACUUAUCAAUGUGCUUUGUAAUUCUGGUCAAAUUGAGCUUGCUUUCUCGCUUCUGGCUCAGAUGUUGAAACGAGGGUGUCAUCCAAAUGUCCAUACAUUGAGUUCUCUUGUGAAGGGUUGUUUUGUAAGAGGUACGACCUUCGAUGCUCUAGACAUGUGGAACCAGAUGAUCAGAGGAUUUGGGUUACAGCCGAACGUUGUAGCGUAUAAUACUUUGGUACAAGGAUUUUGUUCCCAUGGGAAUAUAGACAAGGCUGUGUCUGUCUUUUUACACAUGGAAGAAAUCGGAUGUUCUCCAAACAUCAGAACCUAUGGCUCACUUAUCAACGGCUUUACCAAAAGAGGUAGCCUCGAGGGCGCAGUUUAUAUAUGGAAUAAGAUGCUAACUAGUGGAUGCUGCCCAAAUGUUGUGGUGUAUACGAGCAUGGUGGAAGCUCUUUGUAGACACUCCAAGUUUAAAGAAGCUGAAUCUCUUAUAGAAAUUAUGUCCAAAGAAAACUGUGCUCCUUCUGUGCCAACGUUUAACGCAUUUAUCAAAGGUUUAUGCGAUGCAGGGAGGCUUGACUGGGCUGAGAAAGUGUUUAGACAAAUGGAGCAGCAAUACAGAUGUCCUCCCAACAUUGUAACAUACAACGAGUUACUGGAUGGGCUCGCAAAGGCAAACCGAAUAGAAGAAGCUUAUGGUCUUACCCGAGAGAUCUUCAUGAGAGGUGUGGAAUGGAGCUCAUCGACUUACAACACGCUUUUACAUGGAUCAUGCAAUGCAGGUCUCCCGGGGAUAGCUCUGCAGCUAGUAGGAAAAAUGAUGGUCGAUGGUAAAUCUCCGGAUGAGAUAACAAUGAAUAUGAUAAUAUUAGCAUAUUGCAAACAAGGAAAAGCUGAGAGGGCAGUCCAGAUGUUGGAUCUAGUUUCAUGUGGAGGAAGAAAGUGGCGGCCUGAUGUUAUCUCUUACACAAACGUGAUUUGGGGUCUAUGUAGAUCUAAUUGUAAGGAGGAUGGAGUGAUUCUUCUUGAGAGGAUGAUAAGUGAAGGGAUCGUCCCAAGUAUUGCUACAUGGAGUGUAUUGGUUAAUUGUUUUAUUCUCGAUGACAUCUUGAGCCCAUGAUCAUUCUACCAUAUAGCAAAUCAAACUUGUUCAAUUUUGUUGUGAAGCCAUUUGCUUCUCUGUAUGAAUAGAAGAAGCAUCAACUCCGGUAGAUAUAUAGAAAUCUUGUGAUCAGAUGGAAGCUUCGCUUGUGGGUCUGCACUGAACCCUUGAAGAACUCAAAGAAAACAUUUUAAUCCUU